UGCAGCUGCUGACUACUAUUCAGUAGCACCAGCAACAGCGCCAGUAACAUCUGCAGUAACAGCAACAUCAGGAAUGGCCACCAAUGCCAGUGUAGGUGGCGUCAUGCAGACCAACAGUGGCGUUGUAGUUUCCACCGUGGGCGGUGCCAGCGCUAUGGGCAUCAUCGGUAGUGGAAGUAUGAGUGGCAGCAAUAUAAAUUUGAAUGCGGCCUCUAUGGCGGCAAGCAGUGCGGUGACAGCGGCAGCAGCUGCAACGGGGACAACAGCUGGAGCCGCGUCAGCGGCCAGUGGCAUUGGCAACAAUCAAGGUUAUUACCAGUUGAGUGUGACAAUUGAAGAAGCUUCAUUGCGCAAUAAUGGUUUUCUAAAACCUAAUCCAUACGUUGAAUUGGUAAUCGAUAAUAAAAGUAAACGUAAAACUGAUGUGGUGAAGAAUACUUAUCUACCCAAAUGGAAUGAGGAGUUCACAGUGCUGGUAUGUUGAUGAAUCGUUGUACUACAGUAUAUAAGAAUAAAUAGAAAAUGCGAUUGACUCAUCCACUCGCGCGCAUACACACAAGCAUGCAUGGAAGUUGCGCGCAAAGCUGUCCACACGUAUAAUGCUAGCUAGCUUGAGUGAGCACGCAGCGAUAGCGAAAUAUUUAGAUAUCUUUGGAAUUGUCCAUUUAGGAAUUACUAAUUAAAUAAGCUUAGUAAAAUUGGUAAAAUCGGCUUAACUAAGCAAGGACGACGAAUAGCUCGUCUGGUAGCUUGUUGUUAGUCACAAUUAGUGUACUGCUUUCUUUCUCACGAUGACCCUUAAUGACCGUUAAAUAUAUCUCUGCGCGAGUUUCGAUUGUUUGACAAAAUUAAGCGCGAUAUACAUAAAUUUGUUUGGUUUAGUUGGCAUUUUAUCCUCGGUAGCCCCAAAACGCGAUGAAGAGCAAAAAAAAAAAAGGA